AUGAUCCCAACACUGACAGCUGAGCAGACAGACGAGCUUCACAAUUCGAUCAUUGUAUAUCUGGUCUCGGUCAAUGCAUCUCGGAGCGCCGCCCUCUUGCGACAGGAACUUGGCAUUGACAGCAACGCCGACGAUGCUGGCAAGAAGUAUCAUGGUCUAUUAGAAAAGAAAUGGGCGAGUGAAACGCGCCUGCAGAAGCGGAUACUGGAGUUAGAGAUCCAGCUCGCGCGCAUUCAGCCUGACUUGAAACCUGUCAACCCGGUCAAGUCACCGCUGGUUAAUAUUAGAUCAAUUCCCAUCAAAUUGUGCGAGUCUGAGGCCAAGCCUGCCAGUCCCAUUCCGCUGCGUUCGAAUACCACUUGGCUACCGGGCUCGCACCCAAAACACACGCUGCAAUCGCAUCGAGGAGCGGUAACCUGCGUGUCAUUUCACCCUUUUCAUCAUACGUUGGCGUCGGCAUCAGAGGACUGCACUAUCAACAUUUGGGAUUGGAAGCUAGGUAAGCUGGAGCGAACGCUUAAAGGACACCCGAAGCCCGUCCUGGGAGUAGAUUACGGGGAACCUAAUCGCCAUACGUUGCUGGCGUCGUGCUCAAGCGACCUUACCAUCAAACUGUGGGAUGCUAGCAACAACUACACGAUCAUCCGGACACUUUCAGGUCAUGAACACCUCGUCUCGGCGGUGCGGUUCGCGCCUCCGGGGAAUCUAUUGGUGUCAGCCAGCCGAGACGCGUCAUUGCGGAUAUGGGAUGCCUUGACCGGGGCUUGCGUGAAGGUCAUUUCGACAAGUGCAUGGGUCCGCGACGUAUCACUGUCCGAGGAUGGCGCCUGGCUCGUAUCUGCUGGUCAUGAUCAUGCCGCCAUACUCUGGGACUUGUCUUCUGGAGAUGUCCAGGCAAGUCUGCAAGGGCAUGGAAGCUGCGUUGAGUGCUGUGCGGUUGCACCCCAGUCCAGUCAUGUACACUUGGCUGCUCUAGACCCGUCGAGGUCACCAUCGUCACAAAGUGCGGCGUUCAUUGCUACGGGAGCUAGAGACAAGACCAUCCGCAUUUGGGACGACCAAGGCACUGUCGUCAAGAUCUUGGAGGGUCAUCAUAGCUGGGUUCGGGGGCUUGUGUUCCAUCCCGGGGGCAAGUAUCUCAUUAGCGUGGGUGACGACCGGACUAUCCGGUGCUGGGACCUGUCGCAAGAAGCUCGCCUGGUUAAGACCAUUGCUGGGGCACCAAUUCACUUUGUCAGCUGCGUUGGGUUAUUGCAUCAAGGAACAUCGCGGGUGCUUGCGACGGGGAGUAGCGGUUCUUGUGUGCGGAUCUGGAUGUAG